AUGACACUAUUAAACAAUAAUAACAGUAGUAGUACUACAGCUAAUAACAAUAAUAAUAGUAGUAGUAGUAGUAAAUCAGCUGAAGAUAUAGAGAAUGAUAUUAAAGUAUUGGAGCAAAGUAUUGAUGAAAAAGGUAAUCAGUUAAAUCAGUUAUUAUUGUUAAUUAAAGAUGAAAGACAAAAAGGAAAUAAUUAUAGUAAUGAGUUAUUAGUUAAUAAUAAUAAUAACAAUGAAAAAGAGAAUCUAAAGUCAUUGAGUGAAAAGAUGGAACAGACAAAACUUAGUUCAAUCGAGAAGAAUGAAAAAGCGAAACAAGAGAUAAUGGAUCUACAAAAACAACUAUUAGAGCUACAAAAGAAAUCUUCAAACUCGGAAAUACAACUACAAAGAAUACUUUCAAGUUCGAAUCCCUCUAUCUCUCAGAAUGAACUGAUAGCACUGAAAGAUGAAUACACCAAAUCAUUAUUGUUCAUACAACAAAAGUAUCAACAACUUCAAACUGAGUCGAAAGCAAGAGAAGAAGAUAAUAGUAAUAAGAUAUAA